AUGGAAUGUGUCUAUGCUUCAGGCUCCCAGACCCCAUUGGAUUAUGGGUUUCCCACCCCUAACAGCGCUCUGGAGAUGGACCUUGCCGCCUUUGUUCAAGACUUGCCUACUACAUCUUUUGAUUUCCUACCGGAGUUGUUCCCGCUCCCCUCGGAUAGUAACCAUGGGGUGUUGGGGUGCGGCGAACAAUAUCCAGACGGUUUGACGCCGGUCGAUCCUUUUCGGCCAUCCUCAACGAACCUGUCUAGCUACCCUACGAUCCCACUGCCAUCCCCCGAGCAAAAGAUCCAACUGAUAAAUGAGUUCUUUGAUCGUUCUCAUCAUCUGUUACCGUGCAUCCACAGGGAAACUAUUCUAAAUCGUUCGCGGGGAUCGCAGGGCCCAGUGUUGUCGACGCCGUUGGAAUGGGCCAUCAUGGCCACCGCCGUAAGGACCACUCGAGGCGCGAUGGUAUCUCGAGCAGACAUUUUCUUGAAAACUGCAGUUGAUUCACUCGCGCAAAGUCCCAUUAUACAGGAGAAUGUCCUACGGGAUUUGCAGGCAGCUGUGUGGUGUGUAUUUUCGCUCUAUCAUUCUGGCACGAUUGUCAAGGCCGUCGUGUUGCUGGCGCAGGCAUACUCCCUAGCAUGCUUGAAUGGAUUGAACAGACUGGAUGAUCCCAACCCGAAUAUGCUGGCGACCAUGCGGUUCUCCCCAUUGGAAGAGGAAGAAUGCCGCUGCACACUAUGGGCCCUCUUUAUCCUCGACCGGCACAUGAACCACCUGCUGGGCCGCCACUUCGUUAUUGACGACACGCUCUGGUGCGUGAAUUACCCUUUAGACGACCGGUCUCUUCAAAAUGGCCUGCGCGCAGACCCAGAAGGCUACGAUCGAGAUCUUGCGGCGCUAGCGUCAGAGAAAACCAACGUUCCAAUCGGGGCUUGUUUGACUCGUCUACUAUGCAAGGUUAGCGUUAUUCUCGGCCGCAUUGUUACAUACAAGAACAUCAAGCCUAUGCCUACAGGUGCCGACGACGCUCAGAUCCGCCUGGCGGAAUUCCACGAGCUCCAGUCUGCCCUCACAUGCUUCUGGCUGUCCUUACCACCUUACGUUUAUAAUGUUACUGAAGUGCCACCUGAGAACGCGAGCCAAGCUUUCUGGUUGCUGAUUGUCGCCCACACCUGCUCCACAAUUCUUUUCUACAUCACCGAGGUAGAGCGCCGCAGCCCCGGAGGUGCCAGUCUUCCCACCGAACGGGAGAAUUUUAUCUGCACCUAUAAAUCCGUGAACAAGGUUGUGACUGGGCUUCGUCAGGUGUCGGGCCUCGCAAUUGACGCGGUAUUAAACCCGAUGCUAGCACCGUCAUACUUUAUGUGCUGUCGCUUCAUUCUAGCGCAGUGGCGCCUGUCGCGGCAAGAGUCGUACCGCUUAGAUCUGAACCUCGUUUUAAAAUUGCUGGGACGGAUGGCCCAGGGACAGGCGCAACUGCCGCGGAUCUAUAAAGAUCUUAUUGACUUGGAGAUGGGGAGAGAUAUGCAGCCAGGAGGAGGCGUUCUUCAGUCCCUAUUGCGCACGAAUUAUUGCUUUAUGAUUUAG